GGAAGCGCACCUCUUCCCUGCUCUCCUCCUCCUCCUCCGCCUCCUCCUCCUCCUGUGUGCUCUCCUCACCGGCUCCAGUGAAUCAGCUGACGAAUGGUAUCUCCCUCCUCUCCCGGAUGGAUCACGCCGCUGAAGCCGGACAGCCUGAGCGCUGACACAGGAGCAGGUUGUCCGCCGUUGGCUCUCCUGCUGCUGGAUGCGAUCGAGCCUCAAGUAAAAGACUCCGCCGCACAAAGAAAGAGGCUACUUUAGUGAACCUUUCUUUUAAUUUUCACCUCGGGCAGGAAGCUGCCCGCUUCCCCUCGCCAUGGCUUCCAACUUCAACGACAUAGUCAAACAGGGAUACGUGAGGAUACGGAGUAAGAAACUGGGGAUCUUCCGGAGGUGUUGGCUGGUCUUCAAGAAGGCCUCCAGUAAAGGACCCCGACGGUUAGAGAAGUACCCAGACGAGAAGGCAGCGUACUUCAGGAGUUUCCACAAGAUCACUGAGCUCCAUAACAUCAAGAACAUUACCCGGAUGCCGCGGGAGACAAAAAAGCAUGCUGUGGCGAUAAUCUUCUGUGACGACACAUCCAAGACAUUUUCCUGCGAAUCAGAGCUGGAUGCAGAGGAAUGGUGUAAGCUGCUGUGCAUGGAGUGCCUGGGCAGCCGUCUCAACGACAUCAGCCUGGGAGAGCCAGACCUGUUAGCAGCGGGGGUGCAGCGGGAGCAGAACGAACGUUUCAACGUGUACCUGAUGCCCACCCCUAACCUGGACAUCUAUGGGGAGUGCACCAUGCAAAUCACCCAUGAAAACAUCUACCUGUGGGACAUUCACAACGCUCGCCUAAAGCUCGUCAUGUGGCCUCUCAGCUCCCUGCGCAGAUACGGACGAGACUCCACCUGGUUCACCUUUGAGUCUGGAAGGAUGUGUGACACAGGAGAGGGUUUGUUCACGUUCCAGACACGGGAGGGGGAGAUGAUCUACCAGCGUGUCCAUUCGGCUACGCUGGCCAUUGCCCAGCAGCAUGAGAGGAUGAUGGAGGAGAUGGAGAAGAGCUCCCAGAUCCACUCCAGAGAGACGCUAACCAAGUCCAUCUCCCUGCCACGCAGCGCCUACUGGCAGCACAUCACGCGUCAGAACAGCGUGGGAGACCUCUACAGUUACCAAGGAAGCGGCCUCACAAUGACUUUCAUCCCUCGAGCACAGACGUUCCCCAGCUUUCUGUCUGAUGAGCCAGAACGGGAGGAGAGCCAGCGCCAGGAAGAGGCACCAUCGCCCUCUAGUGGCUGUGAAUCCAGUUGCAGCCUGAGACCCCUUCAAUGACAGAGAAUUGCACCACCAAAACUGGACACUUUUCCCACUACUGUAGAAAGGAUGUAGAAAUAUGUAUACAUGUGUAAUAUAUCAUUUCCUGGUCAACUGUAAAGUGAGUGGUACAUGAAAAGGAUCCUGAAUAGGAUGAUUUUUUGUAUGUUGGGUGACAGCUGCAUUAGCUUCAAAGAUUGCACCAAAAAUCCUCUUAGCGUAGUUUUAACAUGUUUUAUGUUGUUGGUACGCUGCCAAAGCCAGCAGGAACCCCCCCCCGCGCCCCUUUUCUUUUUAAAUCCACGAACUGCGUCUUUAGAAGAAGUUAGAGGUACUCACACACUAAGUUCCACUGUAAAACAAUGUUAAAAAAGGCUUCUGAUCUUAAAUUGAUGCAGUCGGACUCGUUCCAACAAUGUGCUGCCUCAGCAACCAUUUUCAGAGAAAUUCCACCAUUUUUAACACACAUCCACCCAUUCUUACUGUACUUCGCUCCCUCCCCAGAAUGUGAAAUUGAUCAAUGCCUUACACCAAAACCGCUUGACUUUGACGGCAGUGAUGAAUCAGCUAAAGCCCUUAAUCGGUUACAACCAGCAAGGGGAAAAAGUCAUUCAGAAAUGUGCUUCAAGGAUGUAGGAGUGGAUUGUCUUGUCAGAAAUGAUAGAAUGCAACCUUCUCACAGCCUCAACUUUAAACUGCCAACCCGACGUCACACUAGCAGGGCAGUUUGGUUCCAACAGCUUCCGAGCUCUUCUCCAGCCCCACAUGUGGUGUAUGAUAACUAGAUAAUUAUGGUGGCCUGACGGGGCGAGUUAUGCAAGGCAGAAGUAAAGUGAGUUAAGUGUUAUGUUCAUACUAUAUUAAAAUUUAGGAGAGAAAAAAA